CAGUUUGUCACCGUACCGGAAUUGUAAAAGUCAGCUCUGAAAUUGAGCAUUUCGUCUCAUGGCGAAGUGAUGCGAUGGUGCUUGUGCUGUCUGCACAUUGAAGGUCAUAAGCAUCAAAGGACAUGGCGAUGUCUAGAGGGGCUGUGGCGCUGAAAACCGUAAAGAAAAUCGUGGUGGCGUUUUGUCCUUUCGAGUCGAAUGCUAAGGCAUCAAGGGAAUUUCUGUCUUUAGUUGGAAGUGAAAAAACCAGAAUGACAAAUCUCAAUUGUGAGCUCACAGUUAACAUCAAGCAUGACAAAUCAGAGCCCGUGAUAGAUGUUACGUUUGUUGAUGGAGAAAAACUACUAAUGAACGGAGCAAAUUUGACAAGUAAAGAAAUGCUGUCUGCCUUCACUUCAAGAUGCACCGUAAAGGAGUCACAAGUGAUGGAAGGAACAAAGAAAUAA